GGUUCACACCGGCUUCCGGAGCCGGGGCGCGGGAGGUGGUCCUAACCGCACCCGGGUCACCGAGUGACCUUGAGAGCUUUGGGCGGACAUGGCGCUGGCGGCGGCUGCGGCGCUGCGGCGCCUGAACCUUCUGAGCUGUGCCCGGGGCCGAGCUCUGCUCCUGGGCGCCCGCGUGAUCAGACCCGGCUUCGCUUCAGCAUCUCUGCCGGAUCGGCCUGCCCCGGGAGGACGGCACAUCCACCUGUCUGCCCGCCGCAGCUCAACCUCUAAGGCUGCGUCUCUGCACUGGACUAGUGAGAGAGCCGUCAGUGUCUUGCUGCUGGGCCUGCUCCCAGCUGCCUAUCUGUACCCGAGUUCUGUGGUGGACUACUCACUGGCUGCAGUCCUUACCCUCCACAGUCACUGGGGUCUUGGACAGGUUAUUACUGACUAUGUUCAUGAAGACAAGUUGGUGAAAGGAGCCAAUGCAGGUCUCUUGAUGCUCUCAGCCGUGACCUUUGCAGGACUCUGCUAUUUCAACUAUCAUGAUGUGGGCAUCUGCAAAGCUGUCGCCAUGCUGUGGAGCCUCUGACUUUCCUGGAAACAGAAAUGAUUGUACACCCAUUGCCUCUGCUCUAUCACAUUAUUAACCAAUGAAAAUAGCAAUGAGCUCCACUGAUGAGACCUCACCCGUUCUCCAGUCAGGCACAGUUAAUUUCAAUAAUUGGUUUCUAUGAGGAAUGUAAUCCAAGAAGGAUUAGAUUAAGGAAAUUGUGAGAUUAGCUUGUGUUCCAAGUUCUGAGAGUUACUAAGUUGUCUCAGGAUCUCACUAGGUUUAUAUCUUGCUUAACCUUGUAAGCUGCCGCAUUUCAAUUUACUGAUCUCUUAAUUCAGUUAUUCAUCAUCCUUUUGUGACUGGAUUUGUCCAGUAGCCCUGUCCCUCUUAAAAUGCUUCUUGUUCUUGGGAAUACGGAGCAAAAGAAGACAUUUUGUUAAUUCAUAUAAUAAAAGAUUUGUAAGAAAGGAAACCAUGUGUUUUAUUUUGAGAACCUUUCAUCUCUUUAUACACAGCUCACAUGUCUUCCCUGUUACAUGGUUUAAGGAAAGCUUGAUGUUGAGGGAGUGCUGAUGCCUAUGUUCUUCUUAUUGUUAAUCUCCUUGGUUGUACUAGGACUAGGGUUCCAUUUCCCAUUUGCCAAAAUGGAGAUUAAUUUUCCCAGAAAAGCAUAAAAGCUUGGCCUCUGCCUCUCUUGAUGUAGAUCCCUGGUCACUAAGGGUGUAAAUAAGCCCUCCUCACAUGGAGUCAGGGCUUUUCCCACUUGGUGGAUUUCUGAAGACUAUGCAAGUUACCAUAUCUUGUCAUGCUGACUAGACAGUUACCGUAUGGAUUUGAGGGACGUAAGUGCUGUGGUUGCCCUGUUGCAUAUUCUUGCUAUACUAGGAUUGAAUAAACCUUUUGUUAACUGUUCA